UUCAGGAAAAACUCUGGGUCCCUUUCUCAUAACCAGUGAAAAUGGAAUAUAAAGGAAAAUAUGUGAAAAAUACCUAGAACCUCUGAUGUGUUGAAGUCUGAAUGAUCAGCUAGAGGAGAGAACUUCCAUAUUUCCUACAGUAGAUCCUAGGACAAGGAGAAUUAAAAAAAUGAAUUUCACAAACUGUACAACAGAAGCCAGUGUGGCCAUUAAAUCCAAAUCAGUAACAGAGAAGAUGCUUGUUUCUAUGACUUUGGUGGUAAUCACUACCAUGACCACACUCUUGAACUCAGCAGUAAUUAUUGCGAUCUGUACCACCAAGAAACUCCAUCAGCCUGCAAACUACCUAAUCUGUUCUCUGGCUGUGACAGACCUCCUGGUUGCCGUUCUCGUCAUGCCCUUGAGUAUCACGUACAUUGUCAUGGACAGCUGGACCUUGGGUUACUUUAUCUGUGAGGUCUGGCUGAGUGUAGACAUGACCUGCUGCACCUGUUCAAUUCUCCAUCUCUGUGUGAUUGCCUUGGAUAGGUACUGGGCUAUCACCAAUGCUAUUGAAUAUGCCAGGAAAAGAACUGCAAAGAGGGCUGGAAUGAUGAUACUCACAGUGUGGACCAUCUCAGUUUUCAUUUCUAUGCCUCCUCUGUUCUGGAGAAGCCACCGUCUUCUCAGUCCUCCACCUAGUCAAUGCACCAUCCAGCAUGACCAUGUGAUCUACACCAUUUACUCCACACUUGGGGCGUUUUACAUCCCCUUGACGUUGAUCCUGAUUCUCUAUUAUAGGAUCUAUCACGCCGCCAAAAGUCUUUACCAGAAGCGUGGCUCCAGCCGCCACCUGAGCAAUAGAAGCACCGACAGCCAGAACUCUUUUGCAAGCUGCAAGCUGACCCAGACUUUCUGUGUGUCUGACUUCUCCACUUCUGACCCAACCACAGAAUUUGAUAAGAUCAACACCUCAGUCAGGAUACCUCCCUUUGACAGUGACCUAGAUCAGAUGGGAGACCGCCAGCAGAUCUCCAGCACCAGGGAACGAAAGGCUGCUCGCAUUCUGGGACUGAUACUAGGGGCAUUCAUUUUGUCCUGGCUGCCAUUUUUCAUCAAGGAGCUCAUUGUAGGUCUGAGUAUUUAUACUGUGUCAUCUGAAGUGGCUGACUUUUUGACGUGGCUUGGUUAUGUGAAUUCUCUUAUCAACCCUCUGCUUUACACGAGUUUUAAUGAGGAUUUUAAGCUGGCCUUUAAAAGGCUUGUCAGGUGCCGGGAACAUUCCUAAAGGGGUAGAAAACCAAAUGUCUUUGGCCAGCCUUGUGAAAUGCACAAAGGGCGUUAAACUGGUGAAGUCUUAUUAAAGAUGGCUGAUUCAAGGCAGUUUGUAGGCUGUGGGAGUGGGGGAAAAGGAUGCAACAGGGUGUUGUAUGUGGUCCUUUGCUCUUCUUUUGGGGGGUCCUGAUAUUCAGUAAGCUGUUUUCUACCUCCGGUAUUAUGUAAGGUAUGUUAAUAUCAAGUCAACUUUAUGACACCAAAAUGAAAACCUUCACAGAAGUAACCAAAAGGAAAAUAAUGUUUUAUUUAUUUUAACAGCCCUAAUUAUUCCUGUAAUCAGUAAAUGAGAAAAUUCCUCUUGUUCAUAGGAAUUUUUUUUGGUGGAUUCUUUUGUCUGUAUAUGGCCAAACCAAUGUCUGACUAUUUGCCUUAGAGUGGUAUAAAACUUGACCUUGUUUGUCUGUUUGUAUACAGAUCCAAGCAGAAACUGUAUGGUUGUACAUAAAAAAUAGAGAUCUAUCACUGUCCUGUUAACCCCCGCUUGCAUCCCUGCGCUGAAAGCAUUUACCAUGGCACAAUGACAUAGCACAUCGACUGCAGAAGCGAGAACCUUUAUUUCCCAAGGUCCACAAUUAAAUAAACCAACUCAAGUUUCAAAAAGAACCC